AUGACGUUUUGCUCUGGUACUCGCACCUUUCAUCACCUUCUUGGUUCAGAGGUCAAAACUCGUGCGAAUUAUAGACACUGGAACCUUUUAAAAGAUUCAGAAUACCGAAAAAUUACCAUUAGAUUCGCACAUUCGCAUAUUUCCACCAAUACAGGUGUCGAAAUGGAGAGGAGGAACCAGAUCAAUCCCUUGAUUGAAUUCCAACGUAACAUUUACGAGAUACCCUUUAUGGAAACCAACAGCCUUUGCAUGGCAAUGAAGGAAUCUAGUAAAUCUGGUUAUUUCAAGGAGCAUGUCUGGAAAAAAUAUAUUUCACGAGCCAUAGAUCUCAAACACAAACUCGGUAUUAAGAACAUAUCUAUAAUAAUGAUAUCAAGUGCCAAAGCAAAUGUUAAAGAUAGAGAUUUUUACGAGCAAAUGUGUGAUAGAGUUAUUACAAAGUGCAAACUUUACAUUGGUAAUGACCGGGAUACAUCUGAAAAAAACUUGGAAAAUGGUAUUAAGUCAGAGUUUUCUGCGUUCAACAUAUUCAGUAUUCUUACUGCUUGUGAUCUUGUACAAUACCGAGAUGAUGAAUUGUACAAAAACCUAUGGCAAGUCACAAGAAGAAGGCUAGAAUUUUUUAUGAACUCAGUGGAUUUAUUGCUUGAAAAACAUAACAUGCAUGAUUCUGACGGUGUUAGUUCUAUUAAUCGUGACAAUAGAUUUACAUUUGAAGAUAUCGCAGGGAUCUUGAAUGCGUAUGCAUCUGCGUCAAUUGUUAUUCCAGAUAUGUUAGAAAUAUUUGAAAGAGUGUUUAAGAAACUGUACACUUUGACAUGCGAUGUUGAUUCUAAGUAUUUUGGAAAAAUUCCAUAUAUUACAGAAAUAAAUCCAAAAACAUUUUCUAUUACUAUACAUUCUCUUGUAAGACUUGGAUGUACCUCAUUUGAUAUUUUUAAUAUAGGAUUAUCCUACAUGUUAACAAAUUUAGAUAAGAUGGUUCAUAUGAGGGAUAUGACGAUGGUUUUUGCAUCUAUUGUGAAAUUACGUUGCAUUGAAUCACAUAUUGGAUCACAAUUCACAAGUGAUAGAGAAUUGAUAAAAUUAAUAGAUUAUAUCCUAGAGAAGUUUAAAAACACAGUUUUUGAUUCGAAUUGCAUUUCUAGUUUGUCCUCUACAAUGAUAGCGCUUUUAAAUUAUAAUAUAUUUCCUCAAGGAAGUGUUGAACACUACAGAUCAUCAUUUAACACAAUAUUUCUUAACUCUAUAAGGUAUCUUGUCACAGAAGAAGAUAUUUCUGAUAAGAAAAUAUUGGUUCAGAUAUUAAAAAACUCAACAAUACUCCAAUGCAAACAAGCAGCAUUAUUGUUAUUAUCAGAUAGUGGAAUAAAACAAAUUGGUUUAGUUUCUUCACCGUUUGACGUAUCUCAGUAUUUUUUCUAUCUUUCUGACAUUUAUUCAUCAAAUAGUGGUAGAAUCGCAUCUUUUAUAGAAAGCCAUGCAAUGAUGGCUAUAAAACAAUACACCCAGCGUCUAACUUACGUUUUAUCACCAAACCUAUUAGGACUUUCAAAAACACCAUCAAAACCACCUGAUUUAUAUACCAUGUUAAAAUUAGAGGCUAAAAAAAAAUCAGAGAGUGAUGAAAGUGAAGAAGUUAACAUUGAUUGGAAAUGUAUAAAUAAGGAUAUUAUGGAGUAUACUAUUGACAAUUUUAAUACAUUAGCGACAAUUUUGGGUUCCUGCACAAAAUUCAGACCAUCAAAACACGUUUCAAACUUUGUUAAUAUAGCGCUAAAUUACCUUUUAAAGUUAUUUAAAUACAAUAAUUCACAUUUUGAUGUGAUUACUGUUGAGGCAAUAUCAGCAGUGGUUUAUACUUUUAGCAAAUUUCGUUUGAAAAAUAGGGAUUUCAUGCAACAAAUCGCUAACAUUGUCAUAACUUCACAUAACUCUAUGGGAAGUAAAAGAACAAGCAGUAAUCUCAUGGCAAUGAACAACAUUAUGAUGAGCUUUGCAAAGUUGGAUUUUCCAAAAAAUCCUCUAUUCAAUUUUAAACUUGCACAUAUGAACCGAUGUCAUAUUGACAUCCCAGUUAUCUAUAAAAUAAAAAGAAUCGUACGAUUAAGCAACGAUGACCUAGUAUUUUUCAACAUGUUCAAAUCAUUCUCCAAACUAUUAAACACCGAGAACAUAAACAAAAUGAAUUCACAGAUGGUUACAAAUUGUUUAUACACAUAUUCACUGGUGGGUUUCGAUAAAGUUAGUAAAGUGAAGUUGGUCAAAUUGUUGAAGAGACUUAUAUAUCUAAGAAAGGAAUGUAGUAAAUUUCCACCAUCCACGAAUAAUUCAAGCGUGAAAGAUCAUGGUGAAUUCAAAUUAUUAAGGAAUCUACUCCCUGAUGGAAAUUUUAUUGAGAAAGGAAACAGUAUAUUUAAAGAGGAGAAUAUCGCAUAUGGCCAGAUACGUAUAAUUUCGUUGGCUCUGGAAAAUUUUAUUAAACACAUUAAUGGGACAAGAGCAAUAGAAAAAUAUUCUAAGCAAAUAAAGAAGUCAUACACACCAACUCUAUCUAGAGAAUUUUGCGAAAUUGGUAGCAGAGGAAGAAAAUAUGCUAAUUACAUAGCUGGUUCUAGGCAGGAUGUUAGAGUACGACCUAGUAUCUCAGGCUUCCAUAGAAAUGUCUUAUACAUUCUUUCAAAACUCAAUAAGGAUAAUUUAAUCAUUAAAUCUGAAGUACCAGUGAAGAAUAGAGCGUAUUUUAUGGACAUUUCGGUCCAAAGGAAUAAAAGCAUCAAAUAUAUUGAAGUAAAUGGACCAUAUCAUUACUAUAGCCAAACACAAAAUCUCACUUCUGUAUCUAAAAUGAAAUAUUUUUUGAUUUCAAGCCACUGCAGAAGAGUAAUAAAAUUGCCGUAUUACGAAUGGGUAAAAUGUGAAAAUGAAGAAGACAAGAUCAAAUAUUUGUAUAACAGGAUCAAUAAUAGACUGUAA